UUUCUCCGAAUGGGAAAUAUAUGUAUAGUAGCAAUACACUAAUAAAAAUUGUAGAUAAAUAAUGUUGCUUCAGGUGUAAAAUUAUACAACCAAAAUGAAUAACACAGUCGGUACUAAACGCAAUGCACGAACAAAAAAGACACUUCCCCGGACCCGGUCAAAUUUAACCACCCUGUUAAUUUAUGUUGUCAGUUCUGGCUUCUUCUUCUUGAGCAGCAUUACCAACAACAAUAUUAAUUUGAGUUGGACCGAUGCAAUCUUUACGUUAAUAAGUGUACUUAUACCCUUACUGUGUCUGAUCGAACUGGGUUUUCGAAUCUUAUAUGCUGCAGAAGAGAAACAACAUUUGAUCACACGUUAUGAAAACAAUUACAGAACUCUCUUAAAAGAUGUCUUUUAUUUCUCUUUCAGCAUUACUUUAGUAGCGGUAAUGGCGUUCUUUACACAUAUUAUUAUGUACAUAAGGUUUGAACAAUCUUCAUUUAUUCUUUGGUAUAAUAUGGGACCUUUUUCAUUGAUGUUGUCAAUAAUAAGUGCCUUUUUACUGCAACGGAAUCUUGACUUGAAAUGUGGCCCUCUGUAUGAUUCCUUGUGGAUAGGAAACUCAAAUGGAUUAGAUUAUGGUUCAGGUAUGGCCCAUUCGUUCUUCCAUGGGUAUUUAAGACUAAUAAUUCCAAAGACUGGUACUAGUGAAAAAAAUUUAGAAGAAUUAAUGAAGGAUUAUGAAGAUGAACACCAUGUAAAACUAGAGUUUUACAAACUGUUCAUUUUAAUACCAAAGUCGUUGUAUUGUCCAACUAGUCUGAAAAAUGAUGAUAUUUCACCUAGUAUUGAGGAGAGUUCAUCUUUGCGUCCCAAAGAGAUGACAGUGGCUGGAGUACAAAACAGAGUUUAUAAAAACUCAGUCUACAAAAUCCGAUUAGACAAGGAUAAAAAGGUUUAUGUUAGUGCAGAAUAUGCAACUCCACUGAAAACAUUCAAAGAUGUUGUUUCGUACAACGGAGAGCAUUCAAAACAUUACAAGAAACAUAAAAAUGACAUUGUGCUGCAGUUUUACUUGACUUUACAGAAGGUGUUGAAAGAACACGAAAACUGUACAAACUUUUGUGAACUGAUUUUUUAUGACGACAAAGACGAGAAUGGAAAGUAUAAGGAUGUCGGACAAAUCCUUUUGCAGCGAAUUAAAAAACUGCGCAAACUGAACAGCAAUCCGUAGUAGGUCCUGUCAAAUGAAAAUUGCAGUAAAUUCAGGCUGUGCCAUGUUUCAUAGUUUAGUCUGAGUAACACGAAUUACGUUACAAUUGUCCGAUUUUGUGUUAAAGAGGUUACGUAGUGACAUGAAUUUUUUGUGAUUUUUAUCUCUUUAUUAAUUUUGUUGUAUUUUAAGAUUUUUAUAUAUUCUAUGCUUUCAAUUUUGGAAAUUAUUUGUGCUUUAUUUGUUAUAUUUUUACAUUACAAUUUUAGGAACAAUAAUUUUACUAUUUUAUUUACAAAAGUAAGAUGCUCGUGUCAGUGCAACCAUGAUAAUGUGAAUUCAUAUUUUCGUAAUAUUGUGUAAUAGCAAUGAUUACUUUUUAUAAAGUAAAUUUUCAAAAUAAAUGUAUUUUUUCAUUACUUCAA